UUUCAAUGAAUAACUUCAAAGAAAUCGUGACACUAAUACCAUUACUUGACUUGUACACUGAAAAGAGGUGAAGUUCCAAAAGAGAAAAUACAAGGUUUCUCAAGGUUGUGCAAUGUGCAUACUAUUUUGAUUGUGCAGUUGUACUUCCUUCAAGGUAAUCAGCCAGUAAUACAUGAUGCUUUCACCACCCAAACAGACACUACACUCUAGAAGAUGUUGAUGUGUAUGCUAUAACUAUUUCAACUUUUAGUCAAUAAUUUAUUUAUUUAUAAUGAAGUGGUGGAAAAAUUUUUCAAUUAGCAGCAGAGAAAUGCUCAAGCUGCUGAGCAUUGCUGGAGCUGCUGGAAGCAUUGGCUAUGCUUCAGCUCUUCAUCACGCAGCUAUUGAUGACCAAAGAAGGAAGUAUGAUGAUUCUGUAUUUCAAGUGGAAAGAGAUGAAUCAGUAGCUGUGUUUCCUCCAUCUCUGUUCUCACGAGUGUCUGCAGCAACAAAAGUGAAAGACUCUUUGAUUAUCCAUCAGGCAAAUGUGAUUCCUGAACCAUCUCAAAAUGCUCCCAGAAUUUCUCAGAUCAUGCGUUAUGGCUUCCCCAGCUUAUCCAACAUCCGUUCUUUAGAUGACUUUGUAUUAGCCUAUGACACACGCUUGAGGAUUCCACAGUGGGUGUUUGAACACCUCACUCCAGCCUCUGUGGCUAAAAAUGAUCAAGUGGACCGUUCAAAAUGUGACUUUCAUGAAGAUGGUUCAGUACAUCACUAUUUCAGGUCGACGAACGAGGACUGCAAGUACAGCGGGUACGACCGCGGCCACAUGGCAGCUGCUGGCAACCAUCGUCUCUCUCAGGAUAUUUGCCAGCAAACUUUUUUGCUCUCCAAUAUGGCACCGCAGGUUGGCAAAGGUUUUAACCGCGACAAAUGGAAUGAAUUAGAACAACACUGUCGGAAACUGGUGAGUCAGAGCCGCAAUGUGUACGCAUGCACUGGACCGCUGUUCCUGCCUCGCAAGGCUGAUGAUGGCAAGCUUUAUGUCAAAUAUCGGGUGCUGUGGGAUAACCACGUCGCUGUCCCCACACAGUUCUUUAAAGUUGUUGUAUGCGAGAGUGAGUCUGGCGAACUCUCCAUGGAGUCAUUUUUGAUGCCGAACGCCGCCAUUGAUGACGCCGUUCCACUGAAGACUUUCCACGUUCCGUCCGAGGUUACAGAGAGGGCUUCUGGGCUGCUGCUCUUCGACCAACUUAACAAGAAACAAUUCAAACUAAUUAAUGGAAAAACUGCUGCAUGGAUUUAGUUUAUGCUAACGGUCGUUGUUACCGAUGGAAUAUUGUUCACGAAAAUUAAUUCUGACUAGAAUUGAAAUAUUGGUUUUCACUGAUAGAACCUGCUGUAUUA